GGAGCGCGGAGCUGCAGCCAUGGCUGUGGCCGCUGAGGGCGCCCGCAGGAAGGAGCGCGUCCUCUGCCUGUUUGACGUGGACGGGACCCUCACGCCGGCUCGCCAGAUCCAGGUGGAACAUGGGCUCCCCGGAUCCUGAGCACUGAGUGAGGGCUAAGUGGAGGCCCCAGACAUGCUGACAGCCAGAAUCCUGUGCUUCCCUGCCCGGCUGCAGAAAAUUGACCCUGAGGUGGCUGCCUUCCUGCAGAAGCUUCGAAGUAGGGUGCAGAUCGGUGUGGUGGGCGGCUCGGACUACUCUAAGAUUGCUGAGCAGCUGGGAGAGGGGAAUGAAGUCAUCGAGAAGUUUGACUAUGUGUUUGCUGAGAACGGGACAGUGCAGUAUAAGCAUGGACGACUGCUCUCCAAGCAGACCAUCCAGAACCACCUAGGGGAGGAACUACUGCAGGACUUGAUCAACUUCUGCCUCCACUACAUGGCCCUGCUCAGACUGCCCAAGAAGCGUGGGACCUUCAUCGAGUUCCGGAAUGGCAUGCUGAACAUCUCGCCCAUCGGCCGCAGCUGUACCCUGGAGGAGCGAAUCGAGUUCUCUGAAUUGGACAAGAAGGAGAAGAUCAGAGAGAAGUUUGUGGAAGCUCUGAAAACUGAGUUUGCCGGCAAAGGGCUGAGGUUCUCCCGAGGAGGCAUGAUCAGCUUCGAUGUCUUCCCCGAGGGCUGGGACAAACGCUGCUGUCUGGACUGCCUGGACCGGGACAGCUUCGACACCAUCCACUUCUUUGGGAACGAGACCAGCCCCGGUGGGAACGACUUUGAGAUCUAUGCCGACCCCCGGACUGUGGGCCACAGCGUGGUCUCCCCUCAGGACACAGUGCAGCGAUGUCGUGAGAUCUUUUUCCCAGAGACAGCCCAUGAGGCAUGAUUACGACCUCCACCCAGGCCUAAAGGGCACCCCUGGCCCUGGUGUUAGAUGGGUGCCGGGCCCCUCUUCCUCUGGCCCAGUUCGCCCGCCUCACAUUACCUGCUGCGAGGCCCACCCACCUUGUCAAGGCUGGGGUCUGUGCAGACCGCUGUCCCCAGUAGUCAGCUCCUGCUGCGACUGGCCCCACUCUCCACUCCAAUGGCCCUGGCUAAAGCUGCUGCUUGUACUUCUGAACAGAACAAGUUUCUGUCUACACUGGAGGCUUGUAUGUGUCGGUACGAGACAGCCCGCCCUGCCUUCCUGUCCCAAAUGGGGUGCAGAGCAGUGGGGAGGGUGUGUAUUUGUGGAUCUUGAUCGCAAAUAUAUUAACGUUC